CAUUAUACAUAAAACAAACCUUCAUAUACACAUAUCUCUCCUCGGCCUUUGCAUGGUCUUAGUGUUUUACUAGAAAUGAAGUACAAUGAAAUCACCCAUUUUAGCCACCCUCAGCACAAGCUGAGAUUGGAGUACAUAGAAGUGCCAUUUAGGUGUGAUGGCUGCAAGGAGGCUGGUAUCGGGUCCCGCUACAAGUGCGACCACUGCGACUUCGAUCUCCACAGGCACUGUGCCCUUACGACGCCAUCGAUCACGCAUCCCUUCUACACUAAAUGUUCAUUCCAGUUCAUGGCCCGCACGCCCGGUGACACACCUCGCUUCUGUAACGCGUGUGAGAAGGAUGUCGGUGGAUUUGUGUACCACUGUAAGUUGUGCGGGUUCGACCUGCACCCAUGUUGCGCUAACCUGCCGGCCAUGCUCGACGAUGGCGAGGUGAAGCUCUACUUGUAUAGGAAGGUGUGUUCGUCGUGUCACAAGUGUGGUAGGAAAGGGAGGAGUUGGAGUUAUAGGUCUAAAUGCAAGAAAUACAACUUGCAUGUAUCAUGUGUGAAGGAAAUGCUGGUGGAGAGUUGGCAAGAGUUGUAUUUUGGGAAGGGAAUUAGUGUGAAUAAUGGGAGUAGGAAGCUUGAGACUAGGAUUCCUAGUCUUAAAGGGACACUUGCAAACCAUCACCGUAGUAAAGGGAAAGUUAGGAAGUGUUGUGAGGUGGCUGGAUUGGCUGUCCAGUUUAUCAUCUCAGCCGUUCUUGGGGAUCCUACGGCUAUCAUUGCUGGGGUCAUUGGGUCGUUCAUUUCACGAUGAUGACACGUGGCAGUCAUAAAUACGUGAGUAGGGUGCAGUUGGUGGAGGAUAAAGAGGCCGAGGGGUUUGUGUUCGAAAAGAAUAAAAUGUUACCUUUUUCUA